CACGCCUCCACCUCCACAGCCCUCGUCCCCGCCGCAGGCGCCGGCGCGUCCUCGCGCCUCUCCAUCCCCAACCCGUCUCUCAAGGACCUCCGGUCGCUGCUGGCGCCGGACUCCGCCGCCACAGCCCCGCCCUCCGCCUCCCCGUCGCCGCGCGUCUUGCACCGCAUCCGCGUCGCCGCCUCCGCGCUCCGGGCCCUCCGCACGCUCCACCAGCCCCCGUCCCGGCCUCCGGCGGCGCCCGUUGGCAAGGACAAGGAGCCGGUGCCGGGCGGCGGGCGGGUGGUGCUGUACUUCACGUCCCUCCGCGUCGUCCGCGGCACCUACGAGGACUGCCGCGCGGUGCGCGCCAUCCUGCGCGGGCUCCGCGCGGCCGUCGACGAGCGCGACCUCUCCAUGGACCCCGGCCACCUGCCCGAGCUCGCCGCGCUCCUCCCCCGCGUGGCGCUGCCCCAGGUCUUCGUCGGCGGCCGCCACCUCGGCGGCGCCGACGAGGUCCGGCGCCUCCACGAGUCCGGGGAGCUCCGCCGCAUCGUCGCCCCCGCUCCCGGGCCCGCGUUCUCCGGCAGCUGCGCCCGCUGCGGCGGCGAGCGCUACCUGCUUUGCGGCGCCUGCGACGGCAGCCACAAGCGGUACAGCCUCAAGGGCGGCGGCGGGUUCCGCGCCUGUGCCGAGUGCAACGAGAACGGGCUCGUCCGGUGCCCCGCCUGCUGCGUACCCGUUCCCGUCGCCUGAUCUAGAUCCACGAUCCACCUGGUACUGGUUUUCUGUUUAAUUAUUAUUCAAACUCUACUAGCUGUACUCUGUACACAGACUGCUAUGGAGCUUGAUGAGGAGGAGAAAGCUGUCACUCAGUACACAAAUGUUGGUCAUGUUUGGAAGAGUCAAACAUUUUUAACUUUGACUGUAUUUAUAUAAAAAGUAUUUAUAUUUAUAUUACAUAUUGAAUAUCA